CACUCAAAUGAUGAGUGGCAAAAAAGAAAAGUAAAUGAAUGAAAGUGAUGGCAAAAAUAAUCCUUUCAUUUGAGAGUCUCCCUCUAAUGAACACAGACGCACAUAUGCACUAAAUUGUACUAGAAAGUUCACAGGCUUUUCCUAUACGAUUAAUCUGCAGAGUGGCAAUCUAAAUUGAUUGAUCUCGCAGAUGGGCGUGGGGAAGAAAAGUGGUGCUGGGCAUGAAAUUGUUUAAUGUGCUGACAGGAAACCUGAAACAUGGAACGGGUUACAGUGGAUUUAAGAGCCCAUCACUCUGGUUCCACACAAUCAGAGGAAUCAGCUUUGGAUUUGGAAAGAAAUUAUUGCCAGAAUCUCAAUUUGCCUUUGUCAAGUCCGGUUCCAUUGCAAGCCCUUGCAUCAGGUGGUCAGGUCGACAGCAAUGCUGCUUAUUUUUCAUGGCCUACUUCCAGCCAGGUAACAGAUACUGCUGAAGAUAGGGCACAUUACUUUGGAAAUCUUCAGAAAGGUGUUUUACCUGAAACUUUUGGACGACGACCAUCAGGACUGCAAGCUACGACCCUGCUUGAACUGAUGAUAAUUAGGGCAUUUCACAGUAAACUUUUGCGGCGCUGUAGUCUUGGCACUGCAAUUGGUUUCCGUAUCAGGCGGGGCGUGUUGACUGAUAUACCAGCUAUACUUGUAUUUGUUGCUAAAAAGGUUCACAGGCAAUGGCUUAGUCUUGCCCAAUGUCUACCAGCUGCUCUCGAGGGACCUGGAGGUGUAUGGUGUGAUAUUGAUGUUGUUGAAUUCUCUUAUUAUGGAGCACCUGCAGCUACCCCAAAGGAGCAACUGUAUACAGAACUUGUGGACGGCUUGCGUGGAAGUGAUCCAUGCAUUGGUUCUGGUUCCCAGGUCGCAAGCCAAGAAACAUAUGGAACCUUGGGUGCUAUUGUUAAAAGUCGGACAGGAAAUAGGAAGGUUGGUUUCCUUACUAAUCGGCAUGUGGCAGUCGAUCUUGAUUACCCAAGUCAAAAAAUGUUUCAUCCCUUGCCCCCAAGUCUUGGGCCAGGGGUAUAUUUAGGUGCUGUGGAAAGGGCUACAUCAUUUAUAACGGAUGAUCUUUGGUACGGAAUAUUUGCUGGAACAAACCCAGAAACAUUUGUUCGAGGAGAUGGGGCUUUCGUCCCUUUUACAGAAGAUUUUAACAUGGCCAAUGUGACUACAAUUGUGAAAGGUCUAGGUGAAAUUGAUGAUGUCAAUAAUAUAGACUUGCAGUCUCCCAUCAAUAGUCUUAUUGGAAGACAAGUGGUGAAAGUUGGAAGGAGCUCUGGCUUGACAACUGGGACUAUAAUGGCCUAUGCCCUCGAGUAUAAUGAUGAGAAAGGGAUUUGUUUCCUUACUGAUUUUCUUGUUGUUGGUGAGAAUCAACAGACAUUUGACCUUGAAGGCGACAGUGGCAGCCUUAUUCUUUUGACAGGUCAAAAUGGGGAGAAACCCAGGCCUGUUGGAAUCAUUUGGGGUGGGACAGCUAAUCGGGGUCAGUUGAAAUUAAAAGUUGGACUGCCUCCUGAGAAUUGGACCAGUGGAGUUGAUUUAGGGCGCCUUCUUGAUCUCCUUGAACUUGAUCUCAUAAGAUCCAACGAAGGCCUCCAAGCUGCAGUGCAAGACCAUAUAGAUGCAUCAGCAGGACGUGGUCAUACCGUUGGAGAGACAUCACCACUUGAGCGUGUUACUGCAAAAGGUAAAUCUGAAGAAAACUUUGAGCCAAUUGCUUUGAGCAUCAAACAAGUUUCUACUGGCAAUGAUUCUCGUCAAGCACUACUUCCAACAUUGAGGCAUGACGACUUUCAUAUUGAAUGCGGCAUUGAGAGAGCUCCGGGUGUUGAGCACCAGUUUAUCCCGAGUUUUUCUAAUAAAUCUCCAGUAAAUCGAAGCCAUCACUGGGAACAGGCUGCAUUGAAAAAUCUCUCAGAUUUAAGAAAUGGGUCGGAAGGAGAGAUUUAUGUUUCUCUACAGUUAGGUGAUCCAGAACCAGAACCAGAACCAAAGAGGAGAAAGCAUUCUGAUGCUUCAUUGGACAUUGGAAACUCACAAUAAACUGAUCUCCAUUUUUGCUCCUUGAAUUAUCCUUGGGAAAACUAUUAUGUGCAAUCAAGGGUGUUCGGCUGGUACAUUUUAGGCUUCUGCUAGAACUCCAUUAUUAUUCUUUUACCCAUAUUUUUGUGAAGGUUAUAGUUUAUAGGUUAUAAAAAUAUGCAAGGCAAAUGCUGUAAAGGAAAUUAUAACUAUUUUGUGGUUGUAUAUCAUCUUUACCAAGCUCUAUGAGGUUGCAGCCCCCUCAAUAUAUGGAAAUAAUAUGUAUUCUUGAA